GUUCAGAGUUUGCCCGUGGUGGAUAGUUGCAGAAAAAUGGACUUUGCCUUCUGUGACCUGACACCAAGCAGAAAUUCAGCUGGGACAAGGAUAAGAGGGAGCUGGGUAAGCUCAGCAGAGGAGUCCUGAGUCUUUCCAUUAUUAACAAUUAAAGAUGAUUCCACGAUAAAUGAGGUAAUGGAUUAACUCACUAGAGAAGAGAACAAGGGUAAACAAAGAGAAGGAUCCUGCCUUGCAAGAAUUUGGAUUAUUGGGAUUACGUGCUGCCUGUGUGUCUGGAAAGAAAUAACAAUCUCCCCCGUUUUUAGUGUUAAUUUAGUUAGUAGAGAUAAGGUAUGCUGUGUGCCAGAUAAAGUUAUCUUUCGUCAUUGAAUUGAAUCUUUGCAAGGAGCUGUUGUUUACUGGGAGGGUAGAUUAAGAAAUAAAAGCAUCUCGAAGCAUCUUAUUUAGUCCUGUCCAGCAAUGCUUUGCAGCUUUUUCUCUAAAACAGUAAGCAAUGGGAAUGGUUUCUUCCCACCUCCUGCACCCUGCCCUAAUCAAUUACCAUCUCAUGGCUGCUGGUGUUUGAGUAAAGAAGAAAUGAGGACUGAGCAGCGUAGCUUUUUUUUUCUCCUAGUUUUGUUCCUAAGGUGUGUUUUUUUUUUUUUAAUUUAUUUUUAUUUUUCAGGGCUGUGUAAUGAAUCCAUAUCAUUUUCUGGUGUUUUGAGUCGUACAGUAUUACCUUCCAGUUGUAAGUGUAAUUUAGGUUGAAAUACAGAAUAAUGUAGGUUUGAACUGUGGCUUAGAAAUGAUCCCCCCACAAACUGGGGAUAUCUGCACUCUGUGUCUCUUGAAGCCAUCCCACAAAAAAUGGCACAGGCACAAGGAAUGUGGAGCCCCAGUAUGCUCCAUUUGUGGGAUGGCUCCUGUCUUUUGUGUAAAUAUGUUGUUGUUGUGGUAAAAAGUAAAGCAUGUGUCUCUUAAUAUGGUUGGUGUUCCUCCUGCAACUUGGGAAAAUGCACCUCAGUAAGGCUGCAUUGUGCUAAAAAUCGUUCACAAGAGAGACAAAUCAGAACUCCAGAAGGAUCGAGCUUCCUGCUGGCAAUACAGCAAACAGAAAUGCAACCGUCUGUGGAAAGCAGAUCGAUGCUUUUAUCUUGGUGGUUGGGUUUUUUUUUGUUGUUGUUUUCUUUUGAAAGUGGUAUAAUUUCCCAAGCGCGCUGUGAGAGCAGUCUGUCUGAAGUCAGAAGGAGUCACCUGCAGCGUUGAACUCCCAGAAAUGUGGGCCUUGGUUCUGCAGUAUGAAACUGCAGGCAGGGUGGUAACCUGAACCUGAGUGGCUUUGCAGUGUUUGGUGAUUAAGAUAAAACCUUGUUUUAGUGAUUGAGGGUGUUUUUGUUUUUUUUUUCCUCCAAAAAGGGAGGAAUGGCUGGGUUUAUGUUUGUGUGAAAUGUGAAGUUCUGAAGCUCUUUAACUGAGGUAUGACUUCUGGUAGUGUCUGCAUGUGUGUAUUUCUUGAAUGGGCAUUGUGCAAAACAGUGUAUUUCGUAGGUGGAGAAUUGCACAGCUUUUAAUAGCGGGCAGGGUUUAAAAACUCAGCUCCCCUUUAUGUGAUGAUGGUGAGGAGGGUGCCUCCAGGAUGCUGGUAGUUCAGCUUCCUGGCUUGGAAGCCAUGACCGAGUGCACCAGAAGUACCAGAAACAGGGUAUGGCUUCUGCAGCAAUUAGGUUCUUUGCCACCUUCUAUUAAUGAUAAAGGAUUGCACAUGUCAACAAGAUGAAAUUGAUUCCUCCAUCACCUGUAGUGUGUCAUUUUAAGGUUUCAGGUCAGUUGAGAAAUACCAGAAUUCAGGUUGAAGAAGCAUGCAUAGCCUGAUCACAUUUUGUGCCUAUCCUUAUUAAGCUGCAGUCCUUAAUUAUAUAGCUGUGGUUUUUUGGUCUGUUGCUUUUCCCCCAGAGAAAUAAGUGAUCCUCAGAAUGCUUUUUGCCCUGUAUGCUGGGUAGUCAAUCUGGCUUGGGCAACCCUAAACCUUGUCUCUAGGGCAGUUGUUUCCUUUCAGUAAGUUUGUAGAUGUACUGCACAUAAACCCGAAGACUGAAAUAAUUUUCGUCUUCCUUGAUUAAGGCAUCUGAAUAAUGGCUGUGUAUAGCUGUCUCAUCCUUUUGCCUUGUGGUUGAUACGAUCUUUGUUGGAAGCCAAGGAGAACUUUUCAUAGGUCAACACUAAUGGUAUUUCUUAGGCUUUGUGUUGGCCUAGUUUUUUGUAUGCAUGCUUGUACCUACUUGAUAGUGCACACAUCUUUGGACACAUAACUUGCUGUAUAACAUAGAGAGAAGUAAAGUUCUUGGGCAUCUCAUAUCCAGCACCUGAGGCUGGUAAAUGGUUCUGUCCUUAACCGUAUGCUUUAGUAUCUUACCUGUUAAGAUGAAUAUUAACCAUCCUACUUCAGUGGGAUGUAUGUAGUAUUUCAGGGUUUCAGCAAUGUUAAUCUGACACAUGUGUUCUGUAGUGGCCUGUCAGGAAAUUGGUUUCUUCUUGAACGGUAUUCAGUAUUGUUCUGUUCUUCCUUUAGUAUAAGGUGAAUGAUCAGUAAGAGCAAACAAAUGGAAUACUGAGCAGUGCCCUGGUAAGCGUGAAUCUGGCAAAGAUUCUACAAGGGAGAAAGGAGUAAAAGUCAUGCAAUUAAACCAUCGUAAGGUACUUCAGCCCUCAUUUCCAAACUGCAUCAAGUAAACAGAAUUAAUCCCUAAGGUUUUUACUAAUGGUUUGUGUGUGGUUUCUUAGUUGUUAAAAAUAAUAAUUGCAGUUGUACUGACAGGUUUGGAACCUUAUUGCUGUGCAGGCCUCUGCUAUUUGAGCUUGUCGUAUCUAAUAAUACUCCGUCAUGCUUUAGAGGAUUGGCCCGAGACAGUAUGAUCCGUGUGUGUGCAGGGGGUUUUGUGAGUAUCUUCAUGCUGUGGAGGACCAAGCUGUAGAGGAAGGCAUGCUUUAGCAGCACGAGCCUCUUCUGCUGUUUCUUUCUUGUUACCAGCAGUGCACCUUUUACUUUCUGCCUGCUCAAGUGUUUUAUCCAAAUCCUAUUCUAAUUUAAUCGGUUCUGAUCUUCAUUGAGAAGUUUCCAAGUCAAUCUGAAUUUAUACCCUUUCAGUACCUAAUCUGAUGCCUUUCUCUUCUGCCAUUUGGCAGCGCUCCCUCUGUCAGCCUUCCCGGUUCUGCUGCUCUUUGUGCGGUCUCCUUGUUAUCUGCGCUCUGUGCUUGUUAACUCAUUUUCCUCUAGUGUUUGCAGUCUCUAUUUUGGGGUACUUUGGCCCUAGUGCAUUGUGUAUCCAGAAAUGAGGGGUAGACCCUGCUCAGUUCCAGGCUGGUUCAAGUGCAGGGGAGAUUCCUAGCAGUUAAAAUGUGUGCUGUUCGCUGGAAAUUACGUAUUCCUCUCUUGGAAUGAAUAUUGACAAGGCCAAUAAAAUGUACAUCCUGGAUACACAGGUCAGAAUUCCAAUCCCAGUCUCAAAGCACCAGUGCUUAGCCUUUCCAGAGGAAGUAUUUCAAGUUUUGGAUUUGUUUUUUCUAUGAUAACUUUCAAAAAAAAAAUCCUAAACCUUGAAGAAUUUGCUUAAGCAGCUUGUUUGAAAUAGCUGUGCUGAAGAUCUUAGCAUAUAACUUUUCAGCUCAGCUUGCUUGAGAAGCAGCAACUAAGCAGAUUUGGAAAUAGGAUGUUAUAAUGGGAAGUGACAGACGGUUGUAAUAACAGAGUACUGGCUUUUCUUUUAACAAGAGAUCGUUGUCUUUUGGGAUAAAUGACAUACUAAAUUGUAAAAAUGAGGUGAGUCACAAUGCCUUUUACUUCUUAUUACUUGGGUUUCUGUUUUCAAUAGGGUGGUUAUAUUUUUCCAGUUUGACUUAAUCUGGCUGUCUGCUUACAUUCUCCUCCCCCGUACCAUCUGCUGUUUAACGGUGAGGUGCUAUACCCAUCCUUACGUUAAGCCUCUGGUAGGUCUGCUGUACUCUGUGCUGCUCAUGUCUGGCUUGUCAAGUAAGGUCUGACAAAUUGUUGAUUUUUGGGAAUUACUGCCACCAAAUAGUGUAGCGUGCUAAUUUGGAAGCUUAGCUGCUACCCUGAGGACAUCAUUAAUGCAGCAAAUAGCCUCAGUAGUUUAAGAUGUUAAGUCUGUGGCCACCUCCUGUUUAUUGCUCUCUCCCUCUUGGGAUCUACUAAGCUACAGCCACCGAUGUAAUGAAGUGCAUGCCCUUGCUUCAGUUGAGAUCUGAAAAAUUUAGCUUAAAGGUAUCUUCUAGUUUAGACAGAACAUCUAAUUUUGCUCUGAAGUGAAUCUCUUCAGGAUGGCUGCUGUAGGUUAACCCACAGGAGAGACACUGGACAGCUGCCUGUGCUAGUUUAAAGCUUUUAGGCUAGUUCAGCAGGGGCUUUCUUUGUAGGGCACAAAUUGUGCAGCAAAGCUUACUGAGGCUACAGCCCCCUGUAGCAGAGUCUCUUGCUAUGGACCUUGGAAGAGAUGCAUGCCCUUUAGUAUGCAACAUCUUAAAAUGUUGAGAAAAAACUUUGUGUGUAUUUGCCUGUAGAACAUAACUGCCGUGUGUCUGCAUGUAUGAAGUUGCUCAGUGCAUCACUGGGGAAAAUUCUAUUAAAAUAUCAGGGAUCUGCAAACUGCCAAGCUCUGCACAUCAGUAGCAUUUUGAAAUGUUCUUUUUUUCUGCAGAAAUACCUUUCUUAAAGUUGCAUAUCGCUUAAUUAGUCUUAAAUAACUCCUGAUAUUACUGUACGUGAAAUGAUAACUGAUUUAUAAGACAAGAAACUCCGAACCCAAACUGAGGGAGCAAUGGAAACAAAUGGUAUACUGUCGUGGAAUUCUGUUGCAUUACUGCAGUCUUGCAAAGCUUGGAUUUUUUAAGUUAUCCUGUUCCGAAGUAUUUUACUGUUUAAUUGUGGUGAUAGAGAUCUAUGAAGAAAAUUCUGAAUAACUUCAAGUGAUGUUAGUGGUUUCCUGGCGCUGUGGCCAUUUUACUCUCUAUUUUGGAUUACAGAGCCAGCAGUUGUUAGUUCUCUGGAAAACUCUGAGGUUAUUUUCCUUUUGUAAUGCAGAAAGACAAGUAUUGAAGGGUAUGUUCCCGUGUACUGACACAAGAUUUAUUUGUAACAAACUUAAAUAGCUUUUAAAUGAAAUUAUACACCUGCUUCCUCUAAUGCGUUUGUGUAGCUAUUUUCUUUGGAACUGUAGGAGGAAAUAAAUGGUUGCAGAUAAACAGUGAAGCUCCUGACUUCAAAGAGCUUCCUUCAGAAGCAGAAUAACUUCACUUUCCUUUCUCAAAUGAAUAAACCUGAAACGUGACUUACCUCGUUAAGUUUUGUCCUCACCCAUGUGUGUAAAUCUGUGGGAAUUUUUCAUCAUGGGUCUUUUAUAGGAAAAGAAUUAUUAGUACUGGAUCCAUCAUAGAAUGGCUUGGGUUGGAAGAGGCCUCAAGGAUCAUCCAUUUCCAAUCCCCCUGCCACACAGAGGGUUGCCAGCUGCUAGAUCAAUGAUGUCCUGUAUGAGUACUGGGUGAGGUUUAUUGGAUUUAUUUUUCUCUGUGGCAUAUCUUUUUUUUUUUUUAAUAAAAAGCUCUCUGAAGGUAAGCUCCCUUGUUGAGAAGAGACCACAGAGCUGAAGUGUUCUACACUGACAGUGUAGGACAGCAUCUUUUCUUCAGUGAGUCCUUACCUGGAGUAUCCCAGAAAUAGACUAGACAGCAUCUGUUCUCAUAUUUUUUUUAACUGGGAUGUUACUUAAGGAAUCUAAUUAAAACAUUAUAGUUUUUACUGACAGAGGCUGCUAAAUCAGGAUGCGUGUGGAUAUCUGAUCUUCAAAUAAGCUUAUGCAUACACACAGAGCAACUGUUUGUAAGUUUUGGACGCCCUUUUGUUUUCAUUAUCCUUCAUCACCGAAAUACUAGGUGCUCCUGAACCUCCUUAUUUAGAUUUCAGUGACAGUCAAUUUCUUUUGCAGCUCUGACUUGUAAGGACCUCUUUCUGCCUACCCACCCACCUUCUUGGGGGGUGCACUGUGUGUAUACUUCUGCAGUCUUCAUAAGUAUAUAUUUAGUGUUAUCAAAAACUAAACUUUUUUUUCCCUUUGGUCUGUUAUCAGAAUGUUUUAUUAAGGUCUGCUAUUCUAAUGUUAUACUGCAUGCACCAGUCUCCUAGAAAGAACUCAAUUUCUAAGAGUUCUCCCAGUUCAGCUCUACUUCACAGAAGUUUUUGUUGAGAGAAGCAUUUUCUGAGUUCGUGAUAAGCAAAUUAUUUUAUUGUUCUUGGCAAGCCAGAUCUGGUAUGAAUUAGAUACGACUGCAAGGCCUGUGCUGUAUAUAAAAAUGCUCUCUCUAGGUCAGGAUGCGAUCUGAUUUUCUCUUGCUUUAAUCAGGGCAUAUUACUAAAUAUUAAAUCUUCAAAAAGAGUAUUUGUUAGAGAAGGGAAAUACAAACAUUAUCUUCAUGCAGCAUAAAAUUGUAACUGUAAGGCUACAUACUUGGCUUAACUCUUAACAAACUUGUUCUAGUUUUGAGGGAGCUCAUGUUCCUCAUACAAAACUGUACAAAUGCUCACUUCUUAAAAAGGUGAAGCUUUACAUUACUGGAGCAUCUGACAUCUAGAGCAUCAAGUUAAAAACUUUCCUUCUAGCCAGUUAGUUAUGGAAUCACAGAAUCAUGAAGGUUGGAAAAGUCCUCCAAGAUCAAACAGUCCAGCUGUCCACCUACCACCAACUUGAGUCCAUUCCUAGUCUUCUCUAGUUACGUGGGAGAAGAGGCUGACCCCCACCUCACCACGGCCUCCUUUUAGGUAGUUGUAGAAAGCAGUAAAGACUGCUGAGCCUCGUCUUCUCCAGGCUGAACAAUCCCAGUUCUUUCAUCUGCUCCCCACAAGACUUGUGCUCCAGACCCCUCACAGCUUCAUUGCCCUUCUCUGAGCAUGUCCCAGGCCCUCAGUGUGUUUCUUGUAGUGAGGAACCCAAAACUGAACACAGUACUCAAGGUGUGGCCCCACCAGAGCUGAGUAGAAAGGGAUGAUCACCACCUUGCUCCUGCUGGCAACGCUGCUUCUGAUACAAGCUGGGAUGCCAUUGACCUUAAUGGCCACCUGGGCACACUGCUGGCUCCUGUUCAGCCGAGCGUCAGCCAACACUCCCAGGUCUGUUUCCUCUACGCAGUCUUCCAGCCACUCUGCCCCGAGCCUGUAGCAUUGUCUGGGGUUGUUGUGGCCAAAGUGCAGGACCCUACACUUGAUCUUGUUGAACUUCAUCCCAUUGGCCUCAGCCCAGUGAUUGAGCUUGUCCAGAUUCCUCUGUAGGGCCUUCCUACCCUGACAGGAUAGCUAAGUGCAGUUUGUAGUUAAUUAAUAUAUUUCCGAGGCAUGCAAACUAAUGAGGAAAUAGAAGAUUUAGAGCAAAACUAAUAAUUCUGAGUAAUUGGGCUGCUAUUACAAUAUUAAGUAUUUUUCUUUAGUUCAGUGACUUUGAUUUUAAAAAAAAAAGAAAGAAAGAAACCAAUCCACGCUUUGGGCUAUUUCAGAUAUUCAUGUAACCGGAGGAAGAUGUGGGGACAGCAGGGAGUUAUUUUACCCUGUGCUGUAGAGGACCAUACAGGGAGUUUGCCUGUGUGCUGAAGUGUGGUCACGGGUAUGCCUUUGCUUGCCUGAGUGAUGUGUGCUGGUCAUAACAUUCUUAAUAAUGUGAAGAGUACCAGAAUAUGCCUACUGUAUCCUGAUUAUUUUUGAUUAUUUUUUGUGCAUAGCCGGUCUGUCGUGUGCUUGACAAGAAGGCCAAUUUUCCAUCCGCCUUUCAAACAAAGGCAGGAGGAAUGCUCUAGUUGAGCAGGCUUUUUCCCUUCUGACCCCUGCAGGUGGAUGUGAAAGCUUGGCAGCCUGGGAUGGAAUUGCUCUAACAAGUAUCAGCUUCAGCUGAAGCCAUCCAGCCUGCUCCAGGGGGAUUUCACCACCAGUCUAGUAAUGCUUGUCCAAAGAGGAAAAUACAACGUCAGCACGCUGAAAGAAAGACUUGUUAGGAGCACAAAAGCCAUACCUGGGGGGUUCCUGUGAAGAAUUUGCUGCAAACAAAGAUACAUGUGAACUUUCUGCAUGACGACUCCUGUACUGGAUUAUAUAAUAUUGGGACUUCUGACUCUGUUCUGAUCCUUAAAAAUGAUUGGGUUUGUGUAUGAGAUUUAACCCACUUCUGAUGAGUGAUCUAGACAUGAGUUUACAUCGGCAAAUGGGCUCCGAUCGGGACCUGCAGUCUUCAGCUUCCUCUGUGAGUUUGCCUUCAGUCAAAAAGGCACCAAAGAAAAGAAGAAUUUCCUUGGGCUCUCUUUUUCGGAGAAAAAAAGACACAAAACGCAAGUCUAGGGAUCUGAAUGGAGGUGUCGAUGGAAUUGCAAGUAUUGAAAGCAUUCAUUCAGAAAUGUGUACAGACAAGAACUCUAUUUUCUCCACGUGUACCUCUUCCGACAAUGGAACAACCUCUAGCAGCAAGCCAAGCGGAGACUUCAUGGAAUGCCCCUUGUGCCUUUUGCGGCACUCCAAGGACAGGUUCCCGGAGAUAAUGACAUGUCACCAUAGAUCUUGCGUGGAUUGCUUGCGUCAGUAUCUCCGGAUAGAAAUCUCUGAAAGCAGAGUUAACAUCAGCUGUCCAGAAUGCUCCGAACGGUUCAAUCCUCACGAUAUCCGUUUGAUACUGAAUGACGACAUCUUGAUGGAAAAAUAUGAGGAGUUUAUGCUUAGGCGUUGGCUUGUUGCAGAUCCUGAUUGUAGGUGGUGCCCGGCUCCGGACUGCGGAUAUGCCGUGAUCGCAUUUGGAUGUGCCAGCUGCCCCAAACUUACAUGUGGACGAGAAGGCUGUGGAACUGAGUUCUGCUAUCACUGUAAGCAGAUUUGGCAUCCAAACCAGACCUGUGAUGCUGCUCGCCAGGAGAGAGCUCAAAGUCUGCGCCUCAGAACAAUCCGUUCCUCGUCUAUCAGUUACAGCCAGGAGUCUGGAGCAGCAGCUGAUGACAUAAAGCCAUGCCCACGCUGUGCUGCUUAUAUAAUAAAAAUGAAUGAUGGAAGCUGCAAUCAUAUGACUUGUGCUGUCUGUGGCUGUGAGUUCUGUUGGCUGUGCAUGAAAGAGAUCUCAGAUUUACACUAUUUAAGCCCAUCAGGUUGCACGUUCUGGGGAAAGAAACCAUGGAGUCGUAAGAAGAAAAUACUGUGGCAACUAGGGACGCUUGUUGGAGCUCCUGUAGGAAUCGCAUUGAUAGCUGGCAUCGCUAUUCCUGCUAUGAUUAUUGGAAUUCCAGUGUAUGUGGGACGGAAGAUUCACAAUCGAUACGAAGGCAAAGACAUUUCAAAGCACAAGCGGAACCUGGCUAUAGCAGGCGGUGUAACCCUAUCUGUCAUUGUUUCCCCAGUUGUAGCUGCAGUAACUGUAGGUAUCGGUGUUCCUAUUAUGCUGGCUUAUGUGUAUGGAGUUGUUCCCAUCUCCCUCUGCCGAAGUGGAGGCUGUGGUGUUUCAGCAGGCAACGGAAAGGGUGUUAGGAUAGAAUUUGACGAUGAAAACGAUAUAAAUGUCGGUGGAACAAAUGCAGCUGUGGAUACCACUUCAGUCGCAGAAGCACGUCACAACCCCAGCAUAGGCGAAGGAAGCGUUGGCGGGCUGACUGGCAGCUUGAGUGCCAGUGGCAGCCACAUGGAUAGGAUAGGAGCCAUUCGAGACAACCUGAGUGAAACGGCUAGCACCAUGGCGCUGGCUGGGGCGAGUAUAACGGGCAGUCUCUCGGGAAGUGCAAUGGUUAACUGCUUUAACAGGCUGGAAGUACAAGCAGAUGUGCAGAAAGAACGCUACAGCCUAAGUGGAGAAUCUGGCACGGUUAGCCUGGGAACAGUUAGUGAUAAUGCCAGUACCAAAGCAAUGGCAGGAUCCAUUCUCAACUCCUAUAUCCCUUUGGACAGGGAAGGCAACAGCAUGGAAGUGCAAGUGGAUAUUGAAUCAAAGCCAGCCAAGUUCAGACACAACAGCGGAAGCAGCAGCGUUGAUGAUGGCAGUGCUGCAGGUCGGAGCAACGCUGCGUGUUCAUCGGCCUGCGUGCCGGAAAGUAAAUCUGGUGCCACCAAGUGGUCCAAAGAAACAACAGCAGGAAAGAAAUGUAAAGGUAAGCUGAGAAAGAAGAGUAGCAUGAAGAUAAAUGAGACAAGAGAGGACAUGGAUGCUCAGCUGUUGGAACAACAAAGCACAAACUCCAGUGAAUUUGACUCUCCCUCUCUUAGCGAUAGUAUUCCAUCCGUAGCAGAUUCUCACUCGAGUCAUUUUUCUGAGUUCAGUUGCUCAGAUAUGGAAAGUAUGAAAACUUCCUGUAGCCACGGUUCCAGCGACUAUCAUACCCGCUUUACCACAGUCAGUGUUCUCCCAGAGGUGGAAAAUGAUCGCUUGGAAAACUCUCCACAGGCGAGCGGAAUCCCUAUGCCUGUUCCAGCAGCCCCAGGCACUGAUGUUCAGCAGCUGAGUUACAUUGCCGAGGAAAGCAUUAAUAAUGGAUCUUCAACGGAUGUAGGCCUAGGUGUUGAUGAAACUCUGAAAGAAGCAAACAACAACCAUUCACAACGUGCUGCGGAAUUGAGCGCUGCUAUUCAGACUGAAAUUUAAGCCAAAAAAUGCUGCAAAAACACAUUUACCACUAAUGAACCCUGUCUGAAAGCUGGUUUAAUUACGUGCGACGACUUCCGUAAGCUUCAGGUGACCGGCAGAAGCAAGGUUUUGAUACAGCUGCGUUUUAUAUACCUGUCUGUUAAGGCAGAAUACUUCAUAUGGAUCUUAGACCUGUGUGAAGGGACAUGAAGGCUUUAACAAGUGCAUUACAGCAGUACAAAUACGUCCGUGUUUCUUAUUUUUGCCACAACUUUGCUUGAAAGCAUAUACUUGGUGUAUUUAGGUAAAAAUUGGGUAAUUCUUGAUAUGUUAAAUGCUAAAAUAAAUAAUACGUCCUGCACUGUUCGCUCAAAAAAUAGGGGAUGUGGGAUAAAUGGGUGUUAGCUGAGCAUUAGUGACUUAAAACCAUUCUAGCGUGAACUCUAAGGGAAGCAGUUUUGCGGAGACCUCUGCAAACACCUUUCAGCAGUGAAUAUCCAUAGUGAUCAUUUUGUUUUAUAACUGGACACACUAUUUGGAAUGCAUGUGGAGUGGAUCGCGUACCUCCAGGUGAUGUGGCCCUGCGUUGGAAGCAUUUGUGUGUAUGCUUUGAGCGAGGGUAUGGCGUGUCAUAGAAGAAACAGAAGAAACUGGUACUUACUAUGUGGUGGAACGGCGACAUCACCUGUGGACAACAGUGGGGUCACUUAUUUAUUCAUGCAACCAACCGUGCAGCAGGUAAGGCUGCUGUGUGUUGUGUAAAACCUGUAAGAUAAUGGUCCAUUGAUUUAUGAGCAUCGUAGAAAAGCAGAUGCAGUCACCUUUCACGAGGGGGGAAAGCGGUGCCCCAUCAAUUCUUGGUGCCUUGGAAAAGACUGGGUGUGAAGUGCCUGGUCGUUGGAGGAUUUGUCUGUCAUGUUUUCCAGAAUGUCCUCUUUGGCCACCUUCGAUCACAAACGAAAAUCCUAGCGAAUAAAUGACUGGUAGAUAACCAUACGAUAACGAAGUAUUAGCCUACCAAAGACUCACUCAGGCUUUCGUGAAUGACUUCUUUCACGUGACAUCUCUUUGCAAGACGUGCAUCUUCAGUCCCAGAGUCAGAGUGCAGGGCAGUGCCUGCCCAGCUGCCACAAUGGCUUCUGGACAUGCUGGCUUAUUUUUCUUUUGCGUAUGGAAGAUGUACAGAUAAACACAAGCUCAAGUUGGCCAAAGCGCCUGCACUGUCCAAUGUUGUUGGGUUUUUUGUUCUUUUUGCAAUGUAAAUCACUAAAAAUGAGGGGGGGGAAAAGAAGUUGUGAAUAUCAGAGAAACAGUUACCAAUGUUCUGUCUUGUGUUCAAUGUAUUGCCAUUAUGGUGCUACUGGGAGUUGGGUUGGAUGAAAAGAAAACGCCAUGUGCUGCAGUUCUCUUCCAUGACUUAUCCUCACCGGUUUCAUUAAAUGCUUAUAACACUAGUGCCAGUUACGUUAUUUGAUAAUGCUUGUUACGGUAUUUGUAUAUUUGCAAUUCAGUUUUGCUCAGUAAUAUGCGUGUAAACUGCAUAUCUGAAAUAAAUGUCUAAGUACCGAG